ACCCACAGCUGCCAGUGCAGUCGCGAUGGGACCUGCCGGAGCCAUGGGUGACGGUGACGUCCUGAUGGCUGCGUUUGUCCUGCUGCUGGCCGCCGUGGCUGUCUGGUGGGCCUUUGGCCACCGGCAACAACGGAGCCGGCAGACACGGAGAGCGAAGCUGAGGAAGCGCUGCUGGGUCCGGCCCAGAGGCUCACGGAGGAAGCGAGGAGCCCCUGCGACUCCCAGGUUCCCCAGGCCUCGGGCGACUCCUGGCAAGCGGCCACGUGCUCCCGCCAGCCCCCUGGGCAGCCCCUGCAGCUGCGGCCCCUGCCUGGCAGUGGCCCGGGAGCUGCAGGAACUGAUGCUGCAGAUCUGGGAUGGCAACGGGACACGUGCGCCGCUCUACUCUGGGAUGUGGCAGGCCUUGUGGAAAGAACUGAAGGAGCUGCUGAAGCGAGGCCACCUGCCCUGCUGUGGCUUAGCCAGCUCCUCCAGAAGCCUCCAUCCCUUCCAGAGGCUGCUCCCAGCAAGAUUCUCCAGCCCUGGGAGAGCCUCAAGGCCUGCAAGGAUGGCACAGCAGGGGGGAGCCACCACCAUCCAUGCAGGAAACUCAGGCUGUCAGAGGCCCUGCACCCCGUCAAGAGCCUCUGCUAUCUCUGACAGCCGCCAUCCCUCACAGAGGCUCAGUGAGACCUGUCAGCCUGCGGAAGGAGCAGAGCCCGUGGACAGGUCUCCCAGCCCCAUUGGACUCACAGACUUCAACAACGUGGGCGCAAUCCUGAGCCUUGACAUGGCAGGGGAAAGCCCACAAGUCCAAAUGGGAGCCCAGCCCGAUGCAGGGGAGCCUGCUCAGGAGCAGCUGGCGGGGCAGCAAGCGUCCUGGAGCCAGCAGUGGUCAUCCCACAGCGGCCAGGACAGCCAGGACGCUGUGCCGGUUCUGCCAGCUGGCCACAGCCCGAGCCUGGCGGUGGAGAUGGUCCUCCAGACACCACGGAGGUUCCUCCAUCUGCAGGAAGCUGCCCCGAGACAGCCCUUGAGUGCCGCGAAGAGCUUUCUAGUAGCAGCUGCUCCUGGGAUCCCCCUGUGCCAAGCCUCGGGCUGCAGCCCCGGCCGUCGUCAGGAGCAGAGUCCAGCCCACGACGCCGGGGACAGCGACGGUGCCGCCCUGCCCCGCUGGCCCGGGGCUGCCGCAGCCGCCUGUGCGCGCUGCCCCGGCCCGGCUCUGCCGCUCGCCAGCCCGGCGGCUGCAGGGCGGUGGCCGCUGCCCGGCGCGCAGCAGGAAGCGGGGCACAAGAGGCAGCGGCAGGAGCAGUACCUCUGGGGCCCGCAGCUGGGCAGCGGCGGCUUCGGCACCGUCUUCUCGGGCAUCCGCCUCUCGGACGGGAGCCCGGUGGCCCUCAAACGCGUGGCCCGGGAGAGCGUCCCGCAGUGGGACGAGCUGCCCGACGGCACCCGCGUGCCCAUGGAGGUGGCGCUCAUGGAGAAGGUGGGCUCUGGCUGCCACAACAUCAUCCAGCUCCUCGACUGGUUUGAGCUGCCCGACAGCUUCGUGCUGGUCCUGGAGCGUCCGCAGGCAUCGCAGGAUCUCCUGCAGUUCCUGAAGGAGCAGGGGUGCCUGUGCGAGGAGCAAGCGCGCUGGCUUUUCUGCCAGGUGCUGGAGGCCGUGCGGCACUGCACCGCCUGCGGCGUCCUGCACCGGGACAUCAAGCCAGAGAACCUCCUCGUGGACCCGGAGAGUGGCGACCUGAAUCACUUUAAGUGA